AUCUUGUUCCAUUACCUUCUCAUGUCAGACACGUGUAAGUCACCCUUUGCUCUCUAUUCACUCACUCUCUAUAUUCAUCCUCACGCGCCCUCUCCCGCCACUUUUCAUCUGCGUCCCUUCUUUUCUAUCCACCAGUUGACUUCGUUAAGGGCCAUGGAACCUUACAUUUAACCUCUUUCGUGUUACUGUUCUAAAUCAAUAUUACAAACAAUGUGUUGAGAGUUUGAAGUAGUGUCUCUGAAUCGCUUGACUGGAUUGACUUUGCUUCAACAAUAUGGCAACUGCUUCUUUCUCUGCUCUCUCUACACGCGCCUCCUCGCUUCAGUCAUCGAACCACCCCCAUCAUCACAAUCCACGUCAUCAGAGCUUUGCAAUCAUUACCCGCCGCCCUGUUACCACUGCCAACACCAUCACCAGUCCCAACUUCACCAAGUUCUCUCUCAGAUGGACCUUAUCUACCCGAAACAAAUCCCAUCCAACUCCCAUUUUCUCUUCCGGAAGCGGCGGCGGUGGAAACGGUAACCUCGGUGGAGGUGGUGGCAGUGGUGGAGGAGGAGGUGACUCCAAUGAUGACGCUCGGUUCCACAACAGGACCGACGCAAUUCUCGCUCUCGCUGAGGCAGGAAGGACGUUGGAAAGCUUGCCGAAGGACUUGGCGGCGGCUGUUGAGGCAGGGAGAGUACCGGCAGCUAUUGUGAGAAGGUAUUUUGAGCUGGAGAAAGCACCAGUGUUUCGGUGGUUGCUUCAGUUUGGUGGGUUUAAAGAACGGUUGCUGGCUGAUGAUUUAUUUCUGACCAAGGUUGCAAUAGAGUGUGGUGUUGGCAUCUUCACCAAGACUGCUGCAGAGCUGGAGAGGCGUAGAGAAAAUUUUACCAAGGAGCUGGAUUUUGUUUUUGCUGAUGUGGUAAUGGCUAUAAUAGCAGAUUUUAUGCUUGUCUGGCUUCCAGCUCCUACUGUUGCUCUUCGGGCUCCUCUUGCAGUCAGUGCUGGGCCUAUAGCUAAGUUCUUGCACAACUGUCCUGAUAAUGCAUUCCAGGUGGCAUUGGCCGGAACAUCAUAUUCAUUUUUACAGAGAAUAGGUGCAAUAAUGCGUAAUGGGGCUAAAUUAUUUGCGGUUGGAACUGGUGCAUCUCUGAUUGGUACAGGUAUAACAAAUGCUUUGAUCAAUGUGAGAAAGGCCUUUGAUAAGUCUUUUGCUGAUGAAGCAGAGGAUGUGCCUGUACUUUCAACUAGUGUUGCCUAUGGUGUUUACAUGGCAGUUUCUAGCAACCUAAGGUAUCAAGUACUGGCUGGUGUUAUCGAACAGCGGAUUCUAGAGCCAUUGUUACACCAACAUAAGCUUAUACUCAGUGCAAUAUGUUUUGUUGUUCGAACUGGCAACACAUUUUUGGGAUCAUUAAUGUGGGUCGAUUAUGCGCGGUGGGUUGGAAUCCAAAAGAUAAGGGAAUAGUACAUGGAGGAUAAUCUUGCUUGGUUAGAAUUGAUGAUGGAUCGGUAUUGUGUUGGUUGAAUUUACCAUUUGUUGAUUCUGUAUAGUUAAAGCCAUGGCUAUAAAUUCAUCACUGUGAACUUUACAUAUAAACAAAGAAAUGUCUUGAAUUCCAAAUGUUACCAUCAUCAGCGAACUGCUACAGGAAAUCCAUUUUCUUUA